CGUUAGUUGUUUGUUACUUGAAAUGGAGAUCCUUUACAUGUGCCAAUUAGUUUGUUCGUUUGCUACAUUCAAACAAAAUUGAGGAGUGAAAAAUACCCAACAAAGCAAAGAAAGAUCAUUACAAGGCAAAAACGUAUCAGGCGUUAAAAAGAAGUCCUGAAAAUAAGGAAAUAAAGCAUAUGUAAAAGUAGUAUUCAAAGGCUUUUGCUUACAUAAUCCCCAUAACAAGCUCUCCCUUCCAACCCCACCUUUAAAUUGCCGCAAACCCCACCUUUCCAUGCCCCCAUCUUGAGCCACCUCUGGUUCUUUUAAUUUUUUUCCUUUCUGUCUACUAAUCAACAAAAAGAAAGUUGUUGGAAGGUUGAACGAUGAUGGUCAUAAUUUGUAACCGACGGCUGUGGAUUACCACGGUGUUUUUGAUCCUGCAAGUUGCAUCAAACAGGGUGGUGUUGGGAUCUCCGUUUAGAGCGAUGUAUGUGUUUGGGGAUUCCAUUGUGGAUGAUGGCAAUAACAACUUCAUCAACUCCAUUGCCAAAUCAAACUAUUAUCCUUACGGCUGUGAUUUUGCUGGAGGCCCUUCGGGCCGAUUCUGCAAUGGCAAAACCUUUGUUGAUUUUCUUGGAGAGAAGUUGGGCACUCCUUCUCCUCCACCGUUUGCAGAUCCAGCCACAACAGGGGCCAGAAUUCUAGGGGGAGUCAAUUAUGCUUCCGCAGCUGCUGGAAUCCUUGACGAAACUGGCCGACACUAUGGAGAUCGGUAUAGCCUAAGCCAGCAGGUGAUCAACUUCGAGACCACGCUGAGUCAAUUAAGGACGAUGAUGAGCGGAGACGCCUUGACUCAGUACUUGUCCAGAUCCCUAGCCGUGUUUGUGUUUGGAAGCAACGACUACAUUAACAACUACCUCUUGCCUUCCAUGUACCCCUCCAGCUACACUUACAAUCCUUCUGACUUUGCCAACCUUCUACUCAAUCAUUACGCGAGGCAAAUUGUUGCAUUGUACAGUGUGGGACUGAGGAAAUUUAUGCUGGCAGGACUUCCGCCACUUGGUUGCAUCCCAAACCAGUUAGCCACUGGCCAGGCUCCACCGGGGAGAUGCGUGGACUACGUGAAUCAGAUGCUGGGUAGCUUUAACGAAGGACUCAGAUCACUCGUCACUAUGCUCAACAAUGGCACUCACCCCGGUGCCAUGUUUGUGUAUGGCAAUACGUAUGGUGUUUUCGGCGAUAUCCUCAAUAACCCAGCUGCCUAUGGGUUUAACGUGGUGGAUAGGGGAUGCUGUGGAAUAGGGAGGAACCAGGGACAGAUAACAUGUCUUCCGUUCGCAGUGCCAUGCUCCAACAGGAAUCAAUACGUGUUUUGGGAUGCAUUCCAUCCAACACAUGCUGCCAAUGCGAUCCUCGCUCAAAGAGCCUAUGCUGGCUCACCCAACGAUUGCUGGCCUAUCAAUCUCCAACAAAUGUCUCUCCUAAACUCCUGAGAUCCAUAUAGUAUUUCCAUUUCCCUU